AUGGCGCCGGGCUGUCUCUUUCCCGCCGACAAGCCGCACGCGCGCGGCAGCCGCGACCGCCGCCUUGAACUGCAGCACGUCGACCUCGAUGCUCUCACUCUGCAGGCUGCAGCGACGUUUUCCUGCGAGCACUGCGUCUCCGUAACAUUAUUGUUUAUAGCGACAUGGGCCGUUGUCCUCAGUCGCUAUGCAGAGACAGAACAUGUGCAGUUCGGCUUGGUCGCUCAUCCUCAUGCGGCCAAGGAAAACAUGCUGUUGACGGCUGUCUCCCUCGAUCAGGAUAUGCGAAUGCGUCGAUUGCUCGACGAGUCAAGCUGGGAUACGCGUCUUCUAAGCGACAGAACUGAUCGUGCGCUCUUCAAUACGGCCGUAGUAUGCGAUGCUGACAUCAAAGUCUUGCGACAUGAAUGCGACAUCCUUGUUGUGUUCAGUUCUUCGGAGUCCCCUAGCCCAACAGGCCGAUUGAUGUUUGCGCGGCACUGUUUAUCAUACAUGCAAGCAGAGAAUUUAGCCAGUACUAUCGUGCAAGCCAUGAAGAGCAUCAUGCAGUUCCCUGAUAAUCCAAUCACAGAAAUUGACCUGAUUAGCCAACACCAUCUUGACCAAAUAUAUCGUUGGAACCGCUCCAUCAUAGAGGUUGAGCCGGAACGGAUGGUCCUAGAUGUCAUCUCCCAACGCACCGCUUCUUGCCCGAAUGCCCAAGCAAUAGAUUCUUGGGAUGGUAAUUUGACAUAUUCAGAGCUGGACGAUUUAUCCUCUAGAUUGGCGCUACACUUGCGGACCGUGUUUGAUGUAUGCGAAGAGAUGAUUGUCCCGACUCUUUUCGAGAAGAGUCUGUGGGCGAUCGUUUCUUUCCUAGCAGUAGUCAAGGCUGGAGGAAUCUGUGCACCGAUGGAUCCGAAACAUCCUAUUGCCAGGCUUAAAUCCAUUGUCAGCAACGUUCAAGCAAAAGUUAUUCUAGUUUCUGCUACGUAUGCGAACCAUCUCCAACCUGUCAAGGGGAUAUCUACGGUUGUUAUAACAGGUCAGGAAAUCCAACAUUUGCCCACAGCAGCCAUAUCCCCUGCAAGCAUAGUGCACCCAAGACUUGGUGCAUAUUGUAUAUUCACAUCGGGCAGUACUGGGAAGCACAAAGGCUGUAUUCAUGAUCACAGAUCACUUGCCACCUGCGUAACCCUGGCCAAUCGACUCUCUCUCCGCGAAGACAGUCGAGUACUGCAGUUUGCUUCAUUUAGUUUCAUACGCUCUGUUCUUGAGAUAUUCUGCACCUUGAGUGCUGGGGCAACAUUAUGUAUACCCUCUGACCACGACCGCAUGAAUGCUCUUGGCGACGCAAUCAACACAUUGAAGGUAACCUUCGCGAUGCCAACCCCAAGUAUGGUUAGCACUCUCAAUCCUGCCUCUGUUCCCACUCUCCAGACUCUUUUUCUAGGGGGUGAAACUUGUGAGAAAGAUUUAUUGGAAGCCUGGUUGGGGAAGACACACGUCGUCCAGGGCCUGGGCAUGACGGAAUCCGCAGGUUCGAUAAUAUGUAAUGACAGAAUAAGUCAAUCAACGGACCAUCGAAAUGUUGGAUUCCCAUUUCGAGGAACUUGCUGGCUAGUAGACCCAUCGGAUCAUCGGAAACUUUCUCCAAUUGGCGCUGUUUCUGAACUCGUGGUCGAAGGGCCAAGCCUGGCAAGAGGGUAUCUGAAUAUGCCCGCGGAGACGAAAUCAGCUUUCCUAGACAUUCCCCCUCCGUGGUAUCCCAGACGAUGCGAUUCAGACGAAGCAGUGAAACUAUACAAAACGGGUGAUUUAGUCCGUUACGACCUCGAUGGAUCGAUCAUUUACGUCGGUCGCAAAGGUACAGUUGUCAAGAUACGAGGACAGAGAGUGGACAUUGCUGAAGUUGAGCAAGUCAUCUCUCAGACCUUUUCUCAGAAGACAAAAGUCGCAGUUGAUGCAAUCAGCCCACGGGAUCGGCCAAAUGGCAGUGUAUUGGUUGCCUUUAUUUGUCUUUCGAGCCCUACUGCAAUCGGGAAUAGCAACUCGGAUAUGUUGCACAACUUGUUCAUGGCAUCCGAUGAUAAUUUCCUAUCCCUCUUGAAACCAAUCGAGGAGGUACUAAAAGAAAAUCUUCCUACUUAUAUGAUCCCAAAUCUUUUCAUAUCGAUCAGAUCAAUGCCCGUAACGGUCAAUGGAAAACUCAAUCGUCUUGAAUUGAAACGUCAAGCUAGCAAUCUACACUAUGAGCAGCUUCAAGCCUUGUCAUCGCCUCGCAUGGGAGUAGUCAAUGUAUUGCCUGCGACUGUUACUGAACGUACGGUUCGCCGUAUUGUUGCAGACUUGCUAAAGGUCGACCCUGAAAGGAUCGGUAUGGAUCAUAACUUCAUUCGGCUUGGAGGAGACUCCCUAUUAGCAAUGAGAAUGGUCGGAAUGCUGCGAACCGCAGGCUACGUCCUCACAGUUGCAGAUAUUAUGAACAAUCCGAGUCUAUCGAGCAUGGCUCGUCUCGCAACUCCGAUUGUAGACAGCGAAUUUCGACGCGAAGAAUUCACACCACUGUACAACUUCAAUCCAGAGCAGCGAGAAGAUAUCAGAACGACCGUAGCAGUGCAGCUUCAGUUGGACAAGGCAAGAAUCGAGGAUAUAUACCUGUGUACUGCACUACAAGAAGGAUUAAUUGCGCUCUCCGAGAAGAGAUCAGGUAUGUCGAUGGCUCGGUAUGUGUACCGAGUUGACGAAACCGUCGAUUGGGCAUUGUUCAAAUCAGCAUGGGAAGCGGUAUAUCAAGCGAAUGUUGUAUUGAGAACUCGAUUCGCACUGGCACCGUCUGUUGGUAAAUCCCUUCAGGUUGUCGUUCAGGAUGAAACACGGUGGAUAACAGCAACGGACCUCGCUGCAUAUAAAGACCAGGACAACAAGAAAGAAGUAUCUGUUCUGGGCACAUCACUGGUGCGGACAGCAGUAGUUACUGAAAAACUCGAUCGAUACUUUGUACUGACAAUUCAUCACGCACUUUUCGAUCAGUGGUCACUUCGGACAAUGCUUGGGCAGCUUCAACAGCUUUGUAACGAUCACAACAAGGUCCUGGGGAAACAAUUAUUUAGCCCCUUUGCCCGUUAUAUUGCCAGUGUAACAGGUAUGGAGCAAUACUGGAGGUCCGAAUUCAGUGAGCUCAAUGCAGAGAUAUUCCCUGCUCUUCCCUCCCCCAACUAUGUUCCAGAAGCAGACACGGAGAUUAACCACCAAAUCAAUCUUCCGUGCCAUUUUAAUUCCGAAUACACGAUGUCAAAUGUCAUUAGGCUAGCAUGGGGCCUUGUAGUCAGUCAAUACACAAAUUCUGAUGAUGUCGUCUUUGGGGUAACAACAUCAGGCCGCGCUGCGAUGGUCCCCGGUAUCGAGAGAAUGACUGGCCCAACGAUCGCGACUGUGCCAUUGAGGCUUCGGUUACAAUCGAAUAAUAGCCUAGAAAACCUUUUGUCUGCGGUUCAAGCCCAGGCUACGAGGAUGAUUCAAUUCGAACAAAUGGGGCUUCAGAAUAUUCAAAAGUGUAGUCCGGAGGCACAUGUUGCCUGCCAGUUUCAAAGUCACCUGGUUGUGCAGCCUGCGCUAGCACCUGUUACGGGAAGAUUGACUAUUUUAGAACAAGGGUCGGCUGUCUUUGGGGGGUUUUCCAAUUAUACUCUUGUCCUCGUCUGUACGCUCAGUGCAGAUGGGCUGGGGAUUUCUAUCAAGGCAACAGUCGAUUCGAAUGUUUUACAGCGAGAGCAAGCAAGACACUUUAUCGAGCUGCUCGACCACUUCAUAAUACAAAUAGUGACUAACCCCUAUCGAAGCAUCAACAGUUUGCCGUUCAUCAGUUCACUGGACAUAGCCAAACUACAAAAAUGGAAUUCGAUUCUUCCCGCUUCACAAGACGAAUGCGUGCACAAGGCGAUUCAGAGACAAUUCAUUAACAGACCAAAUGCACCUGCAGUCUUUGCCUGGGAUGGAGAACUUACUUAUGCAGACCUCGUCAGCCGUUCUUCGGUGCUAGCUUUUAAGCUGACCCGACGUGGUAUUGGGCCGGAGAGUUUUGUCCCGCUCCUAUUCGAAAAGUCAUGCUGGACUAUCGUCGCUGUACUCGGAGUAAUAAAAGCUGGUGCAGCUUUUGUGUUGCUAGACUCGUCAUUUCCGGAGAGUAGGCUACGUCAAAUUUGUGAUGAUGUUAACUGUCUUUUGAUCUUAUCCUCCAGCGAGAAAGCGGAAAUGUGCGGCACGUUAGGCUACGAGAAUUUACUCGUGAAUGAACUCACUACGUCAUCCGAUAUUUCUAAUAUAGCACAGUACGAAUCUUUACACGUGAAUAAUGCGAAUGCGCUUUACGUUGUAUUCACGUCCGGAUCGACAGGCAAGCCGAAAGGGGUGGUUAUAGAACAUCGGCAAUACACUUCAGCUGUACAAAACUACAAGCAUGCCUUUCGCCUUGAUAGUUCUGUGCGAGCUCUACAGUUCUCAUCUUACGCAUUCGAUGCAAGUAUUAUUGAAAUGUUGACGACGUUGAUGGUCGGGGGUUGCAUUUGUAUUCUAUCUGAAAGACAGAGAUGGGAUUCAUUGGCAUCCAGUAUCAGACAGCUAAAGGCUAAUCAUGCCUUUCUAACGCCAUCUGUAUCUCGACUGCUCAUGUCACAGGGCCUAGAUAAUCAAUUCAAAACCCUUGUAUUGGUUGGCGAACCCAUGUUAGCCUCGGACAUUGAAUAUUGGGCCGAGAAGACACAUUUGAUCAAUGGAUACGGGCCAGCAGAAUGUUCUAUUGCAUCUUGCAUCAACCCCGGGGUUACCAUGAAAUCUGAUCCCACAAAUAUUGGAUUCGGUAACCACGCUGGUGCAACAUGCUGGGUGGUAGAUCCGCAUAACUCAAAUAAACUGCUCCCCAUUGGCGCAGUUGGAGAAUUGCUUAUUGAAGGGCCCAGUGUAGGACGUGGGUAUCUCAACGACCCUGAAAAAACGGAAACUGUCUUUAUACAAACAAAUCAACUCGAAUGGCCAAAUAAAUUUCAGUCAGGGGUUCGCCAUUCUCGCAUGUACAAGACUGGUGAUUUGGUGCGUUACCAGGUGGAUGGAUCGCUAUGCUAUGUCGGGCGGAAAGACUCACAGGUCAAGCUUCGAGGCCAACGUAUUGAGCUGGGUGAGGUAGAAAGCCAUCUUCGACGACUCUUCAAAGGGCGAGACGUUAUUGCCGAUGUUGUUGUUCCGAUUAGUAACAGAGCGUGUCUUGUAGCAUUUGUCACUUCGGGGGAGUUGUCCCGUGAUACUGCAAACACAAGCAGCCUGUCUAUAUUUCAUCGACCAACGGCAGAGUUUCGAACAAUCGUCGCAGCAGUGGAGAUUUCCCUGCGUUCUAGCUUGCCAAUAUUUAUGAUUCCAACUAUCUACAUUCCAAUUGCGCGUUUGCCUCGGACUACAUCUGGGAAAGUUGAUCGACGACUACUUCGUGAAACAGUCAGGUCGCUGUCGUCAGAGAACUUACAGUCAUAUAUUACUCCUCAGGGUACAAAAUUCCAGCGUCCAGUCCAGACAUUCACGGAGAUGCAACUACAAUCUACCUGGGCACAUUUACUCCGCAUAUCAGCCGACCAGAUCAGUGCUCACGAUACAUUUUUCCACCUAGGAGGAGAUUCCAUUAUGGCUAUGAAGUUAGUAGCAGCUAUGGCAGCACAGGGAAGACAGGUCACUGUUAGCGAUAUAUUUAACCACAGCAAACUUUGUGAUCUAGCGAACAUCAUGGACUCCAAACCUACCACGAUUGCAACGAAUGGAAAGCAAGCAAAUGGCAGUCUGUCAAUGGAAGACCGCAUGGUGUGUGACGAGUUAAAGCGCACUCUACGACAUAGUGACGAGUGGUUUGCGUGCAACGACAUCGCUGAGAUUGUGCCUGCUACUGCUGGUCAAGCUGUGUUGCUAGAUCAGUGCACUAUUGCGCACUUUCGAUUCUCCUUGCGAGGUGUCGUCGACGUGGACCAGAUGCGGGAUACCUGCACAACUAUUCUUACGCGACAUAGCAUAUUCAGAACUGUUUUUAUUAAAAAUGGCCAUGGGUACUUUCAGGUAAUUCUUGACAAGAUAGCGACUCCAUUUACUCAUGUUAUACAUGAAGGGGAUGGGGAUUUGGAAAAUUAUUGCAAAUCCUUGUUCGCGAAUGAAUCUGAAAAUGCUCCGUUCGAAAAACCUCCCUUUGGUUUCAUUCUCGUGUCGGCGUCCAGCCACACAGAGCAUAUAUUGAUCAUACGACUGUCUCAUGCGCAGUAUGAUGGAGUCUCUUUUCCUGUCUUCUUGAAGGAUCUGGGGGCUAUUUAUCGAGGCAAUGCACGGUUAUUGCUGCCAGCUACGCAGUUUUCAACAUACGUUCACCAGCGAUCAUUACAAUGGGACAAUGCGGCAUUUGAGUUUUGGCGCAAUUGCCUGGGUGGCUCUAAAAUGACGCCCCUUAACUCGGAUUAUUUAAAUCUUAAUCUCAGUAUGAACGCCGAAGCCGUCGUACGAAGUAAAACCAACAUCCCUAUACCGACAGCGCCUCCUGAGAUUACCCUUGCCACCCUGGUGAAAGCGGCCUGGUCUUAUGUCCUCGGCCAGUUCAGACAGGAGACCGACGUUGUGUUUGGUCAGACAGUUACCGGUCGCGGUUUGCCCCUUGCAGGGAUGGAUGAGAUUCAGGGACUGUGUCUGAAUUUCAUCCCCGCUCGCAUGACAAUUCAUCCAGAAGAUACAGUUCUCGAUCUUCUCCAACGAGCUCAGACCCAGCAUAUGAAGAGUAUGCAGUAUGACUACCUUGAUUUGGGAGACAUCAUCAAACACAGCACUUCGUGGGAAGCAACCACCAAAUAUGGUUCUAUUGUGCAAUAUCAGAGCGGGGGUGGUGAUCUAGAUUUGCCCUUGUGUGAAGAAAAAGGUACUCUCGAGUGCUGGAAACAUUCGACCGAUGUCAAUUUUUUGCCGCUAGAAGAGACAUGGGUAUUCGCAUUCAACAUGCUGCCAACAAAAACACUGCAUCUGUUUAUUCUGACUCGAAGGGAGAUCAUGAGCCAGGAGACGGCUGAUAUGCUAGUAACGAAGCUGCGAGAGAUGGUUGAAAUGUUUGCUCAGUACCCGCAACGAAGAGUGCAGAGUCUGGACCUUUGA